AUGGCCUCUCGUAGUAGCAUAACAGGCGGCAGCAGCAGCUUCACCUCUCUAUCGAACUUUUCAUCCAAGUCCAAUUUUUUGCCACUAUUUUCUUUAGCUUUAGGAACACUGAACAGGCCAAGAAACAAAAUUUCUUUAUCAGUUUCUGCUAUGGGCUCUUCAGCUUCUUCUCAAAAACCAGACACCACUCAAGAGACGGACAACAUAAAUUACAGUUCUAUAAGUGAUGAAGAAUGGAGGAAGCGGCUUACCGAUGAACAAUUUUACAUUGCUCGGAAAAAGGGUACUGAGAGGGCUUUCACUGGAGAAUAUUGGAACACCAAAACCCCUGGAACUUACCACUGCAUUUGCUGCGACACUCCUUUAUUUGAAUCAACUACCAAAUUUGAUAGUGGAACUGGGUGGCCUUCUUAUUACCAGCCAAUAGGAAACAAUGUGAAAUCGAAACUAGACCUUUCUAUCAUAAUCAUGCCUCGUCAAGAAGUUCUAUGCUCAGUUUGUGAUGCUCAUCUUGGUCAUGUAUUUGAUGAUGGCCCCCCGCCUACAGGCAAGCGCUAUUGUAUCAAUAGUGCUUCCCUGAAGUUGAAACCAAAGUAG